UUUGAAAAUCCCAGAAAGUACCGCACGAAAAAAGUUAGCUGAUAACAUAUUGAUAACAAGAAAUUUUUUACCACUUCAUACUACAAAAUGUCUAAUAACUUUCCAAUUUUAUUUAGAAAUAACGGAGAAUAUGAAGAAGAUAAAAUCGUUUGGAAAAAAUCAAAAAAGGAAUCAAACGACACAUUUUUUAUGCAAAUAAUUUCACCAGUUCAAUGUGAACUGACCUGUGACGACGAAGAACGAUGGUACAUUACGAAUACCGACGAUGCUCAUUUUUCGGAUGUACAUCUUAAUGGUAUUAAAAUCGAUCAUGAAGUGCCACAACGGAUUAAAGAUGGUGAUUUUAUUGAAUUCAAAUACGAAAACCAAACCUUUGUGAAUCAAUAUGAGUUUAAGUUCCAAAAUAGUAUACAAUCCUCAUAUUUAGGUGAAGAAAGUGAAGAAUUAACGUCAAAAGUUCAUCAGACUGAUUCAGAAUCAGGUUUAGAAGAAGAGGAAGUUUUUUUACGAAAGUUAGACGACAAUGAGAAACUUAUGUUAAAAUCCGAAGAAAUGAUCAAAAACUUUGAAGAAAAAAUUAUGCAAGAAUUAGAUGGAAUGAAAGAUGAAAAUGAAGUUAUGCAAAAAUUAAAUAAAAGGGAACACGAAAAUAAAGAAAUUACCAAAGAAUUAGAAGGAAAUAUAGAAAUUGGGAAAGAAUUGAACGAAGAGUUAUGUGAAAAAGAAGAAAUUUUACGAAAAUUAAAUGAAAAGAAGAUACCUGAAAAGAGUGAAUUUAUGCAAAAAUUAGAGGAAGGUGAUAAUAUUAAGCAAGAAUUAAAUGAAAUGGGACGUCAAAAUGAAGAAAUUUUUGAAAAAUUUGAAAGGAAUAAUUUAGAUGAAAAUUUAGAAGGAAUACUACAAAUAUUUAACGAUUUUAACAAAGAAUUAAACAAAGAAAUGUUUCUAAAUGAAGAAAUUAUUCAAAAAAUAAACAAAAAAGAACAUGAAGUUGAAGAAAAUGGGCAAAACCCGAAUCAAAAUACCGAACAAGAAUAUGAAGAAAAUACACAAGUAAAGGAAAAUGAAUGUAAAAAUGAAAAAAUUAGGCAGCAAUUAAAUGAACAGGAACCUGAUAAUGAAAAAUUUCUGGAAAAAAUGUUUUCAAUCAUCGUGACUUCAGAACGUGAAAAUGAAGAAAUUAAGCAAAAACUGAAUGAAAAAGAAUGUGAAAAUGAAGAAAUUAAGCAAAAACUAAAUGAAAAAGAACGUGAAAAUGUAGAGAUUAAGCAAAUACUGAAUGAAAAAGAGCGUGAAAAUGAAGAAAUUAAUCAAAAACUAAAUGAAAAAGAACGUGAAAAUGUAGAAAUUAAGCAAAACCUGAAUGAAAAAGAUCGUGAAAAUAAAGAAUACAGGCAAAAUCUUAUUGAAAAGGAACGAGAAAAUGAAGAAUACAAGCAAAAUCUUAUUGAAAAAGAAUGUGAAAAUGAAGAAUACAAGCAAGCACUUAACGAAAAGGAGUGUGAAAAUCUAAAAAUUAGGCAGGAAUUAAAUGAAAAGGAAUGUGAAAAUGAGAAGAUUAGGCAGGAAUUAAAUGAAAAAGAAAUUGAAAUUGAAAAUUUUAUUGAAAAAUUGUUCGAAAAGGUAUACGAAAAUGAGAAAAUUAUGCAAGAACUGAGUGAAAAAGAACUUAAAAAUGAAGAAAUUGAGCACCAAAUGCACGAAAAGGAACGCGAAAAUGAAGAAAUAAUAAAAAAAUUACAUGAAAAAGAGAGUGAAAAUGAAGAAAUUAUGAAAACUUUAUACGAAAAAGAGCGCGAAAACGAAGAAAAUAAACAAAAAUUGAUUGAAAAGGAACACGAAAAUGAAAAAAUUAGGGAAGAAAUAAACGAAAAGGAACGUGAAAUUGAUGAUUUUAUUCAAAAAUUGAUCGAGAGAGCUUAUGAAAAUGAAGAUAUUAUGCAAAAGUUAAACGAAAAAGAAUGUGAAAAUGAAGAUAAUAAACAAAAACUAAUUGAACAAGAACGUAAAAUUGAAGAAAAUAGACAACAACUGGUUGAAAAGCAACGUGAAAACGAGCAAAUGAGACAAGAAUUAAAUGAAAAGGAACUUGAAAAUGAAGAUUUCGUUCAAAAAUUAUUCGAUAAAACAGAUGAAAACGUCGAACUUAUUAAUAAAUUAAAUAAAAAGGGCCGUGAAAAUGAAUCAUGUUUACAAAAAUUGAACAAAAGUGAAGAAAGAAAUAAAGAAAUUACAGUAAAAUUAAAAAAAGUUGAAGAAAUCGCUUUAAAUAUCCUGGAUGAAUUAAAGAAUGAACAAGAGCAUAAAACAGAGGAAAAUGAAAAUUUUGUAAUCAGUUCAGUUCUCCUUGUUUGUUUAAAAGAUCAUAUACUAAGACUUAAAGACUAUGUUGUUAAUACAAUGGAUCUGGACAGUUACACAUCAGGAGGAAGGUUGGAGAUGGAAACAGAGUUAAAUGAUUUGUUAACAAAUCGAUGUGAACAAAACCAUUCGUUAUUAUUACGAAUGGUGGAACCUGAAUUGGAAUGCCCAAUUUGUAAUGAAUUAUUUGUUGAACCAGUUACAUUAAAUUGUACGCAUUCAUUUUGCAACUUUUGUAUUUUCCAAUGGCAAAAUACCCAAAAUAACUGUCCAGUUUGUCGUAAACAAGUUACAUCUCGAAUUCGAACAACUGUUAUUGAUGGUUUUCUAAACAAAAUGGUUGAAAGUUUAUCAGAUGAUAUGAAGAAAAGACGUUUAGAGUUAAUUCACGAACGAUCAAGUUCAUCUUAAGAAGGUAUGGAAUCAUUUUGACGAAUCUACUAAACUUUCCUCUACGAUUUUUUUCGAAAGUGCUGCGUUUUUUGAGUUAUCGUUCUCAAAAAGCGCAACAGGGAAUUUGUCGGACACUAU